AUAAAAGAAAUGUGUGAGGGAGAGAUGAUCAAGUUUAACUCCAAGUUAAAAAGACCAAGGCCAGUGCAGCUGGGAGCCAGGAAGUCUAACAACUGUAAGAUAGACCUCUUCCUGUGAUGUAUGACCAAGGCUCUCAGAAUAACUGAGGCAAGAGAGGCUAAGAAAUGGCAUUUUACAAGGCGGCCAAAGGGACUGUUCUUGUUGGAGGAGGUGCUCUUGCCACUGUCUUAGGACUCUCUCAGUUUGCUCAUUACAGAAGAAAGCAAGUGAACCUGGCAUAUGUGGAAGCAGCAGAGUGUUUUGCAGAGCCUGUUAACAGGGAACCUCCUUCCAGAGAAGCUCAGCUCCUGACUUUGCAGAACACCUCAGAAUUUGACAUCCUUGUGAUUGGAGGAGGAGCAACAGGAAGUGGCUGUGCACUUGAUGCUGUCACCAGAGGACUGAAAACAGCCCUUGUAGAAAGAGAUGAUUUCUCAUCAGGGACCAGCAGCAGAAGCACUAAGUUGAUCCAUGGUGGUGUGAGAUAUCUUCAGAAGGCCAUCAUGAAGUUGGAUAUUGAGCAGUAUAGGAUGGUAAAAGAAGCCCUUCAUGAGCGUGCCAACCUACUAGAAAUUGCUCCCCAUUUAUCAGCCCCACUGCCUAUAAUGCUUCCAGUUUACAAAUGGUGGCAGCUACCUUACUACUGGGUAGGAAUCAAGUUGUAUGACCUGGUUGCAGGAAGUAACUGCCUGAAGAGCAGUUAUGUGCUCAGCAAAUCGAGAGCCCUUGAACAUUUCCCCAUGCUCCAGAAGGACAAACUGGUGGGAGCAAUUGUCUACUAUGAUGGACAACACAACGAUGCACGGAUGAACCUUGCCAUUGCUCUCACUGCUGCCAGGUAUGGGGCUGCCACAGCCAAUUACAUGGAGGUGGUGAACUUGCUCAAGAAGAAAGACCCUGAGACAGGAACAGAACGUGUGAGCGGGGCCCGGUGCAAGGAUGUCCUCACAGGGAAGGAAUUUGAUGUGAGAGCCAAGUGUGUUAUCAAUGCUACAGGACCUUUCACAGACGCAGUUCGCAAAAUGGAUGAUCAGAAUGCUACAGCUAUCUGCCAGCCAAGUGCGGGUGUCCAUAUUGUGAUGCCUGGUUAUUAUAGCCCUGAGAGCAUGGGACUCCUUGACCCAGCCACCAGUGAUGGGCGAGUUAUUUUCUUUUUACCCUGGCAAAAGAUGACCAUUGCUGGCACUACUGAUUCUCCAACUGAUAUUACACAUCACCCUAUUCCUUCAGAAGAAGACAUCAACUUCAUCUUAAACGAAGUGCGUAACUACUUGAGCUGUGAUGUCGAAGUGAGAAGAGGAGAUGUCCUGGCAGCUUGGAGUGGUAUCCGUCCCCUUGUUACAGAUCCCAAGUCUGCAGACACUCAGUCCAUCUCCCGAAAUCAUGUUGUUGACAUCAGCGAGAGUGGCCUUGUCACGAUAGCAGGUGGGAAGUGGACAACUUAUCGAUCUAUGGCAGAAGAUACUGUAAAUGCUGCAAUCAAGUUUCACAAUUUGAAAGCAGGACCUAGUAGAACAGUUGGACUUUUCCUUCAAGGAGGCAAAGAUUGGAGCCCGACACUGUACAUUAGGCUUGUCCAGGAUUAUGGACUUGAGAGUGAGGUGGCACAGCAUCUUGCUGCUACCUAUGGUGACAAAGCUUUUGAAGUGGCCAAAAUGGCAAGUGUGACUGGAAAAAGAUGGCCUAUUGUUGGAGUGCGUCUUGUGUCAGAAUUUCCGUAUAUUGAAGCAGAGGUGAAAUAUGGGAUUAAGGAGUAUGCCUGUACUGCUGUGGACAUGAUCUCUCGUCGCACUCGCCUGGCUUUUCUCAAUGUCCAGGCUGCAGAGGAAGCCCUGCCCAGGAUUGUUGAGCUAAUGGGCAGAGAACUGGAUUGGGAUGAGAAGAAGAAAGAGAAAGAACUUGAAACAGCCAGAAAGUUUCUCUAUUAUGAAAUGGGCUAUAAAUCUCGAUCGGAACAGUUAACAGAUCGCUCUGAAAUUAGCCUACUGCCUUCAGACAUUGACAGGUACAAGAAGAGAUUCCACAAGUUUGAUGCAGACCAAAAAGGUUUUAUUACCAUUGUUGAUGUUCAGCGUGUAUUAGAGAGUAUCAAUGUGCAAAUGGAUGAAAAUACACUACAUGAAAUUCUAAAUGAAGUAGAUUUGAACAAAAACGGUCAGGUUGAACUCAAUGAGUUUUUACAGCUGAUGAGUGCUAUUCAGAAAGGAAGGGUGUCUGGAAGCCGGCUUGCUAUACUAAUGAAAACUGCAGAAGAGAACCUCGACCGAAGAGUUCUAAUUCCUGUGGACCGUAGUUGUGGAGGAUUGUGAGUCUGACCAGUACAUCCACAGCCAACAAAAAUAGGAACAACAGAUCACUGUGUAACAACCAGAGAGAACUUAAAUCACUCUAAAAUAGUGGCUGUGUAGCUGCUUUUUUUUUUUAACACUGGAAAACAUUCCAAAAUAUUAGGAUGUUGGUAUACUUACCAACCUAAUUGAAUGAAACUUUAUUUGUAUUUACCAUUCAGUCUGGCUUCCAAAGGUGUAUUUUUUCAUUUUCAGUGCAUAUUGAUUUCAUGUUUUACAUUCAUUUUGUGACCUGUUAGACUUAAUACUCUUCCUCCUUGAUUAUUUGUGUAUUUACUAUAAAUUAGCUCUAGAGGCAGAAUAUUUUGGCAGAAAUUGAAGAAAGAAGCUGGAAAAGUUUUGUGAAACACACAAAACUUUGGACAUUGAGUUUGUAGAAUAGUAUUUCUUUUUAAAAAGAGUGACCUGUUGAAAUGAUAGCCCCAUUCUUCUUUUUGUCUAUCUUUUCUAAACAGUAUUGCACAAGUUUAUAUUUUCAGCAUGAUUGGCAUAACCUGAGAGGGAAGAAAAAGUUUAGAUCUGUUUACAAGUCUCAAAGUAAAACUCUGAAAGCUUCCAGAGUUGCAGGUAGACAAUAAGGAUGGCAUUGGCAUUUACUGGUUUACUGGGAGUUACAGUGAUAGCUUCAUCUCAAUAGUUUUUCCCCAGGCACUCACUGCUGGUUUUUUUUUUUUUUUUUUUUUUUUUUUUUGCUUUUACUAUUAUAGUUGCCAGAAAGAUCUUUGCUUUUCUUACUUUAAAACAAGCAUUUUAAGUGGCAAGUUGGAUUCAGUGGAAUGAGACUAUAAUUUUCUCAUCUUUACAAUUUAAUACGUUUAUGGUUAAGAACAUGUGUUUAUUAAACUCACAUAUAACAAAAUUUUCCACCCCCAAAUCCUACAUUUUGGAACAAGUGAUAUUGUCAAACCUGACCUUUUUAGGGGAUUAUUUACAGCAGGUAAAUAUGAAUAGAAUAGAAUAGAUGCCAGUUUUUUAAUAUGUAAAAUAAGGUACUAUAUUUCAAUAUCAGAGGCUAAUCAUACUGCUUGGCAUUUUUCUCUUUCUGUACUUUGUGGAAAAACUCUCAGAUGACCAAAAAUAAACAAAAGAAAACAAAAAUCACACCCAACACACAGACUAAAACCAAAAAUCAGUGUACAUUGAAUUUAACAAGUAAAAAUGCCAGUUUGGAAUGCUUUUGCUGUAUUUUGUUGGCAUUUUAACUAGUCUUCUUAAUAUUUAUUAAUUGUACUUACUAUCUACAGUAUUUUUUUUAAAGAUUAGUUUCUAUAUGUCAUAGGAAGCAAAACUAUAUCUUAUGGUGGGUCUUCAUUUCACAUUGAGGUCUUAUUUUUUAAACUGGUACAUAAAACACUUCUGUGCUAUAAUUUCUAUUUAUGUUAACAUUGUAGAAUAUCUUUAUGCUUCACUCAGGUAGGUGAUGAACUUGUAUGUCAUAAUAUGAACUAGAGGCUCACUUAACCAAGGCCCGACCCACCACCUCUGAAACAAACAAAUCACAGGAAGAAACAGUGUUUUAACUCAUUUUUAAAUGAAGUGUAGAUUCUGCUUCCUAAAGGAAAAUCUAAAAGAGUGAUGAUGCUCUCAGGUGUCACUAUGAAUUUUUUUUCUUUCAAAGUGUGAAUUUUUUACUUUAGCUUUUAAAAAAGAAAACAUAAGCAUGUGACUUUGCAAUGUAGUGUUUUUCUACCAAGGCAAUAAAUUUACUGUUUAGACCUCCAUGGUAUUAAAUAGGUAGUAGAGCUGUCCUUUAAGACAUCCAGAUCAUAUACCACAACAUUGUAUUGUUUCUCUCUCUCCUUUUUUUCUCUCCUUUUUUCCAGUUAGAUCAAGAGAACAGUGACUUGUGUCCCCUCUGAUUCUGUUACAGUAGGGACUGGGCUUACAGUGUGACUGGUUUGGGCAAAUCUGUGUUUUUCAAACAGGCCUUGAUUGUGCACGUUUUGCUAUGAAUGAAGUUCCUUUAAGGUCAAAGAAAUUCCCCAUGUCUUCGUUUUAGCAUAUCUGCUUUUGCUUAAAAACUGCAAAUUCUAAAAUGUAUGCUCCUUCACCAAUCCCAGAGACUCAUUUUGAAAAUGAAUUGGUUUUAGGCCAUUACUGUGACUAAAGUACCAGGCAUCAUUGUAUAAAUUCUUACACCUGCAAAGCUUCUGUCUCUGGAUUAAGCAAAGAGGAAAGAAAUAGGAGAAUAAGCUCCUUCAAAACAUUUUAAGCACGAAACAAUGUUUUUUUUUCUUUUGUAUAAACAUGAUAGUAGUUGAUUCUGUUGGGGUGAGCGUGCAGGGAUUCCCUUUUACCUCUGAGUGAUCUGUUUGAAGAGCAUCUGAGGGGAUUCAGGUGAAGGAACGCCCAUCUGAGCUGGAGAGUUGGCCACUCCUUUAAAUAGCUCCCACCUCAGUCAUAACAGCAGUGAUAAUGCUGGAUUAUUUGUCAACUGAAGGUCAUUUGCCUCGAAUUCAUCAUGCUUCAGUGUUCUAGCUUUCAGUUUUAUCUGAGUGCCACUUUAGAAUUUCUACUAUUAAAUGCAUGCUUUUUAUUCUGCAUUAGUUUCUGGCUGUGUUUUGUCUGUUCAAAAUGUGUAGUUUCUUCUUUUGCACCACAGACAUUUCAGUCUGAUUUUCACUAAUACACUGUAAGGACAUUGAUUUUAUUUUCUUCUUUUUAUGUAUUUGUAAAGAUUUUUUGGGGCCAGGGAUUUAGCUUAGUGGCAUAAGCGCCUACCUGGCAAGUGCAAGAUCAUGAGUUGAAUCCCUGGUAUCUGGCAUAUUAAUGUAAUCAUGUGAAAGUCAGUGACUAUAAGUUGCACUGUUUUGCAUUAUAUCAACCUUUUCUAGGGAAUAAAAAAAAGCUACUAUAUUUUCAGAGAAUAUCAGGCAUAAGCAAGCUAUGUACUGGAGUCGAUAUACACACUGCAUGCUUUUAUAUGUGGCACUUUUAUGUAUUGUUUUGGGUUAUUGUUCUAGAUUGGACUGUUAAAUGCUAUGUUUGAGGCUGGGUUGUCAUUUUUAUAACUGUCUUGGUGUUUUAUCGCCAUUAUUUAUUACCUUUGAUAUACAGAAUGAGCUGCAUGCAUUUAUAGAGCAAUAAGAUAUAUUUAAUGUGCCUUGUUUUUAACUGAAUAAGAACUGAAAGCAUGACUCAAUAAAACUGAUUAAAAUGGUC